AUGUGCUAACAACAUUAAAGAAUGCAUUAACAUUAACAGCUGUAAUGUAGUUACUAUAAAAAUGUGGUUAAGGAAUUCAUCAUGGCUGGCAUAACUUUCAUCUGUCAUCUUGUCUUAACUUUCUGUCCUUUGUCUGAUUAGCAGCACCAAAUCAUCAUCUGGUGCUUCAGUUUCGUCUGCACUUGAUGCCUCAAAGAGGAGGAGCAGGUUUCCGAAGCCCAAACCUAACCUUAGUGUGGCGUCCAGAUUCAUGCACGGUUCUCCAAAACCGAAAAACACUGAGCCUAGAAAAUUCUCCUCUGAAAAGAUCUUACCUCAGACCACUGGUAAGGACCACCACUGUAACUUGGAAGAUUUAAGCAGUGAGGAGUUCUCCAAAGAAGAGGAGACAUCUCAGUCACAUGCAGUGGGCAUGGAAUCAGAAUCAGCAAAAGGUUCCCUCACCCCAGUCCCAACUCCAAAGACUGAAGGCCCUGUAGACUACAGUGUAAACAAAACAGUUGUUCUCAGUGGUGCAUCUCCAACAGUGCCAGAGCAGGAGACCAUCACUAUAGUGACGCUGAGUACAUCCAGUGCUGAAGAGUCGCAGUUGGCUUCUGAGCAAACCAACGACACUUGUGAUAUGGAUACGUUGCCAGUUGGUGCAUCUGUAGCAGAAGACCUUCAUAUGGGGGAUACUACAUGUAUUUUGCCUCUGCCUACACAGGCUGCAGAGCAAGAAAGUACAGGAGAGAUGAUGGGUAAUUUGGAGGAAUUAUGUGCUCCUGCAAAGAUCAUCCAGCCAACUGGAGAUGGCAACAGUGAAGAGGAACCCACCUUCAUUUUGACUUUAUAUGAGAUUCCUGUUACUGAACCGUAUCCAGCUUCAGCCAGUACUGACUCUCAACUACUGUUUUCAGACCAGCCUCCUUUACCAUCUACAGCAGAGUCUUCCAGUGACUCUAUGUCUGUGGAAACUGGAGACAUUCAGAAUGAGUGCCUGGACAUUUCGCAAAAUGAGUUGUCUGGGACCGUAGGUCCAGAAGAAGAAUCAAAUAAGACACUAUUAGUGUUGGAAGAGAAAACUUCACCUGGGCCUUGCAGAGAAUUUGACCAGCAAACCUUGCCCCAAGCAACAUCUCAGCAAACCUUAGCACCUCAAGCAACGGACGAGGCCAGUGAGGUUUCUACAAAGCUGGAAACUGAAGAUAUGUUGGACUCUGCAAGUACAGAAUCAAAGUCUGAGGGUCCAGAAUUGAUCCCACUUGAAGAUUUGAAGCCCAUGCAUCAGAGCACACCAUUUACUGUUAGGGUUUCAAAACAUAUUGCCCCAGUACCUCAAGACAUGGAGGACUCUGAGGAGCGCAAGGGUGUUUCACACAUUGUUUCGACUGACGUCUUUGUUCCUGCCUCGGAGAUGGGAGACGAUUCAAUAAAGCACAGCCCACCCAGUGAAGAGCCAAUAAAGGAUGAAUACUCUCCAGCGGUGUCCAGCCCAUUGUUUACUGUGACUGUGGAGUCAAAGGAUGGACCAUCAUUGUCAGAGGAUAAAAAAGCACCUGCCAGAAGGAGAGGCAAGCUGCAACCUAAACUAGUGCAAAGGACAUCUAGUAAAGAAGACUCCUCAAAAACUGAUCAACCAACCUCAUCACAAGCUGUCUUGCCAGCAUCUCAGCCAACUGUAGUACCUGAGAUAAAGCAGGACUCUAGUACUGUUUCAGCAAAAUUGGAAAUAGAGAAUAUCCCAGAUGCCCCCAAGUUGCGGUUAGCAUCAAAUACCAAAGGAAGUUCAGUUCUGGAUCCCCUUCAAGGCAGAGAUUUGCAGCAGAAGCUCCAGAUUACACGGUGCACAGUUAGCCUUACAAGAUGUGUUGGUUUGGUUCCACCAGAAUCUCACAUGUUUCCGGCCUCUGAAGAUCAUGUUCCAAUGGAGCAGACAGCAUCUGAAGAAAAAGUGGCAGAUAUUCCAAGUGAAAAAGAUGCUGACACGAUGCCAACUGACAGAACAUCUGCCUCACAAGAAAUUAAAGCACCUAUAAGAAGAAGAGGAAUGCUGCAAGUGAAGCCUACGUUCCGAGUAAGACCAUCCCUUAAAAAGGAAACCCAGUAUGAGUUGGAAACCACUCAGUCAGAUCCAGUACAAACCAUCUCAGCAACGCCCCAAGAACCUGAGCUUGAGAAAGAGGCCAGCAUGACUUCCAAGCUUGUAACAGGAGACACUGAAAUAAAAUAUGAUAUGGAGUCAAGCUCGGAGGACAAAGAAAGCUCUUUAUCAACGGCCCGUGAAGAAGCAAACUUGCAAAGCCAUGACCGCGUACCUGUUAGUGUGGAGGCGACAGCUUCAUGUUCUGGCUCUUCGCCUGCGGACUCUGAGGACACUGAGGAAGACUGUGAAGGUGUUUCUCAUAUGGUGCUGGCUGACGUCUUUGUUCCUGUUUCUGAGGAGAUGGGACAUGAUUUAAGCCAAGACUGGCUAAUACCUAUAGAGAGCAGUCCUCAUAAAGAGAAUGUCAAUCAUCCAAAGAAGGAGGAGGUUCACCAUGGGGAAAAACCUGAAGAAUCAAAGAAGAGUAAAACACCUAUCAAGAGGAAAGACAAGCAGAGGACAUGUGCUAAAAAUGACUCAAGUACUGCAAAGCUGGAAGAAGUAGAUCUCUCUGACCCCCCCAAAGGACCAGAUCGAGAAGCCAAAGAGAGCUCAGAACAGGUGAAGCUGGAAGAAGAAUUACGGAGAAGGCAUCAGAUCAUGCCUUGCACUGUUAGGGUCUCAAGAUGCUCUGACUCUCUGCCUGUGGACUCGGAAGAGAUUAAAGAAGAAACUGAAGGUCUGUUGACUGACGCUGUACUACCCGUUUCUGACAAAGUGGGAGAUAAUUUAAGCAAGGAAUCGAUGGUAAAUAAGGCAGCCAGUCCAUCCUUUGCUCCAUCAGAAAGGGUCGAGGGAGCAGUCAACUUUGGAGAAGAUCAGAUCAGAAGAGCCAUCAGUAAAAGUGCAGAGAAAAUCCCCUACAAGAAAGAAAUGUAAGCUUAUGGUGAAGUUUCCAUUUUUAAAACGAACAGUCCAGAAAACAGAGUCCUCAAAAAGUGAUCCACCUAAUUUAGAAGACGGUGCUGUACAGCUGCCUCGGACCGUUUCACAAACACGUCAGCUGACCAUAACGGCUUGGGCAAAGAAAAGGUCAGACCAGACUGGAACAAAAUCAGAAGCAGACGACCUCCCUAAGACCUCCCAAAUGGAGUCCAGCUUAAAAGCCAAAGAAAGUUCACCUUUGCCAAGUGCACCACAUGCUCUUAAGACUUUGUGUUCCAACCCGCAGCCCGCAGACUCGUCUGAGAUUGAGAAGAUGAGUGAAGAUAUUUCUCACAUUACUUUAGUGCCUGCUGAGGAUGCUGGAGAGGGAAGCAUCUCCUGUACCAAGAUACAUGAAGUGGAAACAUCAGCAGAUAAUUCCCCCAAAAAUUUGAAGGAGUCAAAUGAGGAACGUUCAGGAUCGCAGAUAAACAAAUCACCUGCCAAACAAAAAGCCAAGCCUCAGAUGAAGCCUGCACUGUUGAAAGGGACCCCUGCUAAGGAUGAAGAUAACUCGUCAAAAACUGAUAAAUCACCGUCAACUCAGCUCUCCUCACCAACACGGCAGCGUACCAGGGCAGCCAGAGCAAAGGGAGACUCUGAGAAAGCAUCUAAGAAGCAAACAGAUGAUGUGUCUAAUACACCCAGAAUGGAAACAGAAAGCUUUCUUCUAACAAGUGAUCCACAGUCUCCCAAACACUCAGCUCUCUGGCCAAAGGUCGUCCUGCCUCGUGUAAAAUUACGGACUACUGAUGCAGGAUCUUCCUCGGACUCCUCCACCCCAACUUCCUCCCCAGUCAGGGUCUUAACAUGUGCAUCCCAACCAGUGACUCCUCCCAAGAAAUCCCCUGCCGUUACAGCUGAACAAAGUUCUCCCAUGUCCUGUGAGGAUACAGAAGAUGAAUCAUCCAAAGUAUCUCAGUUCUUCCUCUGUGACAUCUUCACUGAAGUAGAGGAUGGAGACUGACUGGUUAGCUUAUCCAAAGACUGCUGGUUAUAUUACAGGUGCUGUUCUGUUAGUCUGUUACCUCUCAUAGAAGCAAGUGUUCAAGUUCAAGUGUUCAUUUCUUAAGCAUCAUUUAUACUGUUCUAAUUUAGCAUUAACAAAAUGCUACAACAUUAUUUUUGUCUGUGAUCACUAGAAUAAUUACUGUUUCUUUUAGUUAAGUUGCACAGUUCAAACAACUGUAGUUCAUCUUCAGUUUUAACCCAUUAAUGUCUCAUGUUAAUUUUGCCUAAUAGAAAAGCUAUAAUUUUAUUGACAACUGCCUGACAGAAAUUGAUUCCUCCAUAGGCUCUCUGAAGGCAUUAUGGGUGAUUUAGCUGUGAAUGUUACUGAGGCAAUGUCUUUCCCAGUGCAAUGUGCCUAAUUUUUUGUGACAGUGAAUGUGAUGCAGUUCCAUAUGUUGCAGUCUUACCAAAUGUGCAAUCCUUGCUGCCUUAUUUAUUUCUUAGUUAUUUGUGAAUAAACAUUGCACUUGUAUAUCUGUGGU